CCAGGGCCCACUCAGGACCCUCUCGGAUGUUUACUGGAGGACCCAGGGAUGAAAGGGAUUCAGCUUCCUCUAAAGCUUCUUGGCAAACAGGGUUUGAACUCAGAGCCCUCCCUCCCACAGGACAGACAACCCAGGUUCCAGCCCUCUCCCCUCACAUCUGCAGUUCAGGAGGCCCCAGACUUCCUUAGAAUCAGGGGUCCAGACCCUAACACUCCUCCCUCAGGCUUUGGAAGCCCCCCCCCCAUUUUUGAAAUCCUGGAGUCUAGGAUCUAGCCUGGUCCCCACCUUCGAUUCAGGGUUCAUACCCAAACUUUAGGAGUCCAGGAUCUAUCUAGUUUUCCCUCUCAGACUUAGGGGGUCUUAUUCCCACUUCUCCCUCAGAUAGGGAAACUGAGUCUCUUUGAGGACUUGGAACUUUUGGCACGAGUCACCAUCACAGCCACACUAAAGUGUCCACACCUCAAUCUCAGCAGGGCCAGGCAUGAUCACCCUGGCCCUGGCAUGUGUUCCCUACGGCAGAGGCCUGGGGCAGCCUGAGGUGAGAAUUCCAGGGCCAGCCCACCAGUCCCCACUAUCCCUUUCUCCUUCUGAUCGGUUGCUGGGGAAACCAUUCUCUAACAAUGGGGCUCAAUGAGACCUCAAUGUCCUAGGACCAUUUUUUCCUGGUUGCUAAAGGGAAGGAUGCCCUAGCAAUGAAGGGUUCUGAACUUGGGCCACUUGAGGCUGCCUCUUUGGACCUUGGGGAAGGAAAGAAAGGGGAUUCUACAGCUCAAAGAUCACCCCGGUUCCAGAUCCAUACCCCAUCAGGUACCCCACGGAAAAGGAGAGACAUCUCCAGCACCAGGCUUGGUCCUGGCUUCUCUUUCCUUGCUGAGGAGGCUCUAAAUCUGAAAACACCCAACACCCACCCACCUCUUCUCCACAGAUGCUAAAGGAGCUACUUCCUAGACAGAAAUGAUAGGGCCAGGGCACUCUUCCUUGUGAACCCCUUGCUGAGGGGACUCCCUGGCAACAGAACUGAGAAUUCUGGGGCUGAGGCUUUGGGGCGGGGCCCAGUUGUUGCUAAGGUGAUGUCCUUCAAGGUUUCUCUCCAUAGAGGUCUCAGAGGUCUGGGGAGCUAACAUGGCGGGGGCUGAGAUCUCAGCUUUGGGCCUCUUCCUGCUCAUACAGGGCUCAGAUGCGAAUGGAAUCCAGGGAUUUUUCUAUCCGUGGAGUUGUGAGGGAGAUGUGUGGGACCGAGAGAGCUGUGGGGGUCAGGCAGCAAUCCGCCAUGACAUGCUGCACCUGCCACAAUUUCUGCAGGGGAAAUGCGACCUGUCACGAACAGUCUCCCUACUGUCGAAGGACCGACCAUCGGGCAGCAAGAAGUCUCCCACGCCUGUCUCAGUGCCCAUAGAGGUGCAGGACCCCUCUGGAGGAGGCACCACUGAACCGGAUGCUACCGAGGGCGGGGAUGAAACAGAGGGAGGAGAUGAUGAU